GAGUAGUUUCAUUUGUUUAUACUCGAAAAGUAGUGGUCGGUCGUCGGUAAAGUGUUGGAUGCGUACAGCCCUGCUUCUUGGCCGCUUUAAGAAAGUGAAAGUUAAAAGAACAAUUACAAAUUAUGUAAAAUGCACAGUAUAACAGUUUGCAUGCACAAAUAAGUGAGUGUGAAAUUACGUGUGUUUCGAGAGUUUCCGUUUUAUGGAGGCUGCACCGGCAAUGCAGCUGCACCGAAAGAAUUAUUACCAACAACAAAAGCGCCAAAGCGAAUCGGCGGCAACGCUUUAAAUUGAAAAUUGUCGGCGCCUAUUGUUAAGCGCCAAUUAGAUCGUAUGUUGAAACAAUCGAGCACAAUCAGUUGAAAACAACAUCAUUCGCCUAACACACCAAAGGAAUAGGUUGUCUAUUCAUUAAACGCUCGCCUUGCGGCUGCUUUGGCUGUGCGCCAUAAAACCAGCCCACAAAGGUGAAGGCACACACACAUGCAUGCCAUUUUGCUGUGUGAGUGUAUACACUGAUGUGCGGAAGCUAGCGAACACAACCGAAAAGUGUACUUACUUUGGCAAUAUAUGAAAAUUAUCAACAUGUUAACUGUUCAUCGAUUAUAUAAUACAUACAUAAAUGCAACACAAACCAUACGAAAAUAUAACAAUAAUGCGCUGUGCAGCCGCUGACUGCUUGCAGCGACUGUUCAAUAAAACACUGCAUUUGGUUAUCCGCAUUUAAUGUUGUUUUUUAUAGUUCAGUGCAUGCAUUGCAUAUAUUUGAUUGAAGAACAACAACAACAAACUAUAAAUAAAUUAAAAGUGCAUUGUAUUGACUGCAAAGAAUAUUAAUUUUCUUUGACCUUCAUGAAACAAUAAUAGUUUUAUUUAAUUUAAUUGAUUUUGCUUUAAUUAAACGCUUGGCAACAUCUUAAAUAGGCCGGAGCAACACAAUGUGAAGUAGCCCAAGAUAAAUAAAAAUAAUUGAAAAUUUGUAAUGCAAACUAAAAACUAUCUGUCAAACUGUAAAAUGGUUUUCGCGCGUUUCCCGUUAUUUAAAUCCAUUGAAACUUGACUUAACAGUGCCGUUAAUUUUGCGAGCAGAGAACGUCUAGAACGGCAGACUGGAGGCCUCGCUCACAUUGAAGCGCAUUUUUGCCCGCAAAAUUGCCUAUAAAUCGAAAUCAAAAUCUACACUAGCGGCCAUGCGAACUAAACAUUUAAUAUUGAUACUAAUCGGAGUGAUAAUCGCAACGCUCGUAUUUAUUGUGUUUGGACCCGCUGGCGAACCGAACGAUUCCUUCAAGCACAUUGUUGUGCAGACGCAUCAGCAGUUCAAAGAGUUUCAGAACUUACGCGUUGGCCUGGAGCGCAAGAAACUCGAGCUAGAGCCAAAAUAUUUGGUGCUAUUGGGAUUCACGUCGCCGCUCACAAAGGAUGAUGCCUCUCAGCAGCCGCAGACAGACACGCCCGUCACGGCGAAGAGGGCGGCGCAGGAGAUUGGCGAGUUGCAGCGUCAGCUGGGUACACGAGAUGACACCAGGCAAAUGUCAGCGGUAGCGUCAAAUCCCCAGGGACAGGAGCAGCAGCAGCAGCAGCAGCAAAAGAGUCAGCGGAAACGCAUUACGACGCCGUAUAACGGCACAAAGGCCAACUUUACCAUAGUCACCUAUGUGCAGGAGGGACAGGUGUCAUCGGCCAUAUUGUUGGCCCAAAACAUUGCGGCCAAGCUGCCCAGCGAGUAUUUGCUCAUCUAUGAUCUGGGCGUGUCCGAGGAGCAGUUGCGUUCCCUGAACGCCUACUGCAAUAACAGCCGGUGCGCUGUCAUCACCUACGAUCUGACGGAGUUUCCCUCGUUCGUCAACGAUCAGCGUACGCACGCCUAUCGCCCCAUUGUGAUAAAGGAUGCCCUGAUGCGGGCCAAAUCGGUGCUGUUUACCGAAAACUAUAUGCGCAUACGCGGCGGCUAUCGGGAGCUGCAGGAUCUGCAGAGUCGAGCGUUGGUCGCCGGCGUUUUGGGCUGGAAUACACCGACAGCUGUUUCAUCACGGACACAUCCAAAGAUGUUCGACUACUUUGAAUCGGAUGCGGAGGAUUUUAUAUUUUUGCGUAUGGUUGAUCUCGAUGCGGUCUUCUUUGCCGAUACGCUCUUUGUCACAGACAAGAUUAUGCUGCCGUGGCUAAAAUGCGCCCUUACCAUGGAAUGCAUCGAUCCAAUUGGUGCCCAAUCGAAUGGCUGCAAAUUUAACAAAAAGCCACUUUAUCGUUAUUCCGGCUGUCAUGGCUAUGAUGCAUCUGCUUUCAAUAUUGUUCUGGGACUGACAUGGCAUCUGGACGACUCAAAAUACUCGUUGCCCAGCGACGCAAGGGAGAACAUGUUCUACAAGGAGACGCUCGAGCAGGCGACCAAAAUAUUAGAAAGUCGUAGACGCAACAGCAGCGACACAUCGGAUCAUCCAUUCACGGAGGACUGAACAAUUUGCAGCGGCAAUUG